AUGAGGAACAACCCAAACAUCAAAGUUGCAGAAUUCUUAAAAAAUGGUGAAUGGGUAAUACCACCAGCUUUCUCAAAUUUCUUUGGUUCUAAUGAACUUCUAGUGGUGGAAAAUCAUGGAUAUAGGAUAAUAUGUACGGACUCUGCUACAUCAAGGGGGAACCCUGGUCCUGCUGGUUUUGGUUUUAUUGGUAGAGACAUGGAGGGAGAAGUUAUUGGGGCUGCUACAGGUCGUUUGGGAAUUGCAACAAAUUUUUUGGCUGAGGUGAUGGCAGUCUUAUCUGCAGGAGAGUGGGCUAUAUCAAAAAAGAUUUUCAAUGUCUGUUUUAAGACUGAUUUAAGUGCAGCUAUAACAGACUUCAAAACAGGUAAACUUCCUUGGUUGGCUAUAACUAGAUGGAAGAACAUAUGCACCAAGUUACAGUGGUCAUUUACUCAUAGUUUCAGAGAAGUCAACUUCUCUGCAGACUCAUUGGCAAGGAGAGGCGCAAGUAUGAAUAAAGGAUAA